CUGUCACCUCAGUUGGACUCUGUCUGUCCUCUGUAUCUCAGCAUGGAGCAGAUCUACGUCAGACAUGUGGAGCUGCUGGGCUUUGAGAAACGAGAAGUCCCGAGUCAGCACUACGUCUACCUGCUGAUGGUGAAAUGGAGCGACCUCUCCGAGAAGCUCAUCUACAGGACGUACCCUGAGAUCCACACCUUCCACAAAUCGUUGAAGGAGAUGUUUCCCAUCGAGUCUGGUCAAAUAGAAAAGAGGGACAGGAUCAUUCCUUCAUUACCAGCGCCGCGGUGGGUCGACAGCCAGAAGUCGACAGAGACGAGACAGAGCACCUUGGCCGACUACUGCCACUCGCUCAUCAACCUGCCGCCUCACAUCUCCCGCUGCAAACACCUCACCGCCUUCUUCAAGGUUCGACCUGAGGACGAAAACCCAGGAGCCACAAACACACUGAAAAAAAACAAGACAUCUGUGGGGUCCAAGGAGUUGGCCCAAGGAAACGUGGCUGAGAUCUCGGGUCCCAUCAUACUGGACACCUACAGAGUGAUUGCAGACUUCACCAAGACGUCCAAACACGAGAUCAACCUGCACACCGACGACCUGGUGGAGAUCGUGGAGAAAAAUCAGAACGGUUGGUGGUUCUGCCAGUGCGAGUCUAAACGAGGCUGGGUUCCCGCGUCCUACCUGGAGCCUCUGGACAAACCGGAGGAGCCCGAGGACGCUGAGCCAGACUACGAAGGAGAGCUGUAUGUCACCGCCAACGCCUACAAGGCCGAGCAGGAGGACGAGAUCUCUCUGGAGCUGGGUGAAACCAUCGAGGUCAUUCACAAGCUGCUGGACGGCUGGUGGGUCGUCAGGAAAGGAGAAGAAACCGGUCAUUUCCCCUCCAUGUACCUGCAGAAGGCCGGGAAGAAAGAGAGGGAGGCGGGCAGGACGAACCUGCAGGGACAGAAACCUCCGCCUCGCAGAUCCACCAUCAGGAACGCCAAGAGUAUCCACAACAGGUCUCGCCGGCGGCUCAGCCAGGAUGUCUACCGCAGGAACAGCCGUCGGUACCUGGAGCAGAAGGGCGGCCGCCUCGCUCAGGCGCAAAGGGACUCCAAGAACGCUGCAAAGUCACCGCUGAGGGAGAGGAAGAACCAGGACAACAUCCCCGAGAUGUCCGGCUCCAGCUCGGAGAGCGAGGUGAAGAGGGAGGCUCCGGUCAUCCCUCCGCGGCCGAGCGCAGAGCUCAUCCUGGAACGCUGCACCGACAACACCCGCAAGAAAGUCAGCAUCCACAAGUCACGCUCCAGCUCCGACAGCUAGCCCGGCAUAUUCGACGCACCUCGUAAAGUCGCAGCCUUCUGAGAGCUUUAAUACAGGAAAUAAAACAAGGCUGAUAUUAUUCUAUAUUUUACUUAUUAUUAUCAAAUCUCAUAAAAAGACCAAAACCAGUAAUGUGUUAGUCUGUCUCUGGACACCUCCGUAUCCUCUGUGGACAGACAAAACAAGAAACUAGAGCAGUAGUUUGGGGACUAUUUUGAGCGGCGGAUUAAUCCACAUUUGGAGCUGUAGUGAGUAUUUGUGGCAGCAGGACUGUGUGUGUGUGUGUGCGUGCG